AUGGAAAACAAGGAGAAUCUUGAAGCAGCCAGAAAGUGCUUGACAACUAGUUUGGAAACAUCAAGCGCCAUAGCCGCUGCACUAGAUGAAUCUGGGUCAAGAUUGGAGCUACUUAACCAGAGAUAUCUGUCCUUGGAAGCUUCCCUUAGACCCAUCUCAAUGCAAAAGUGCUCAUUUGUCAACAUUGAGGACAGUAUAGACAGUGUUCUAUGUUCUGCUGUUGCACUUCUUAAGGUUCUUGACUGUGUUCAUCAGCUGGAGCAUUCUCUCUUAACUACAGAUCCAACUUCUGAUCUAAACACAUAUGUCUCAGAUACAAAGAAGCUUGAGGAAGCACUGAGGCUUCUCACUGAUAAUUGCAGGUUAGCAGUUAGUUGGUUAAGGGACGUUUACGAGUUCUUACAAGACAAAGCAAUCACCAAUGAGCUUUACCUGUUGAAUGUGAAGAAAUCUUUGAGAAUAUUGCAAGAACUGCAGGUCAAGGAGGAAGGUGCUCGUCUUGAUGGAGGCCUUCUUUGUACAGCUUUCGACAAACUAGAGAUCGAGUUCCACAGGCUUCUGACAGCAAACUCCGUGCCUUUUCCUUUGGUUUCAUUGACAUCACCACACACUGGGCAUGAAGCCAGUAUUGCCAAACAUAAUUUGCCACUGACAAGUUCUUUAACAGGGAAGUUGCAUUCCAUCAUAGAGAGAUUAAAUGCUAAUGGCAGGCUAGACAAGUGUCACUCCAUAUAUGUUGAAGUUCGAGGUAUUAAUGUUCGUCGAAGUUUGAAGACUUUAGAUUUGAGUUAUCUCGAUAUUCCAACUACUAAACUUGAGGCUGUCCACUGUAUAGAGAGUUACAUAGACCAAUGGGGCUUCCAUUUGGAGUUGGUUGUGAAGCAACUGCUCGGUAUUGAGUGCAGGCUUUUCACUUUGGUCUUUGAGAAAAUUGGUCCAGAAGCAUGCAUGGAGUGCUUUGCAAAGAUUGCCAUCGAAUCAGGAAUUCUUUCUUUUAUUCGAUUUGGAAGGAUUGUUACCGAGAGGAAAAAUGACCCCUUCAAAUUGUUGAACCUGCUGUCCAUAUUCAGGGUUUUAAAUGAUCUGAGGCUAAAAUUCAACCAACUUUUCAGUGCGAAAGCUUGUAAAGAAAUUAGAACUGUGACAGAGGAUCUUAUAAAAAAGGUUGUCAAUGGUGCCAGUGAGAUAUUCUGGCAACUUCCAGCACAAGUGAAGUUGCAAAGGCCAACUUCUCCUCCCCCUGAUGGCAGCGUUCCCAGGCUGGUAAGCUUUGUGACUGAUUAUUGUAAUCAGCUGCUUGGGGAUGCCUACAGGCCACAUUUGACGCUGGUUUUGGAAAUACAUCUUAGUUGGAGAAAGGAAGCGUACGAAGAGGGCAUUGUUUUAUGCCAAAUAUAUAACACAAUUAAGGAAGUUGCAGUUAAUUUGGAUGCUUGGUCGAAGGCCUAUGAAGAUAUCACAUUGUCCUACCUUUUUAUGAUGAAUAAUCACUGUCAUUUCUGCAAUUUGAGGGCUACUGUGCUUGGAAAUAUGAUGGGAGAUUCUUGGUUAAGAGCACACGAACAAUAUAGGGACUAUUAUGCAGCACUUUAUUUGAGGAACAGCUGGGGAAAGCUUCUAUCUAUUCUUGUAGUUCAAAAGAACAUAUUUCCCCCCUCCAGUGCAAGUGUGACAUGCCAAGACUUGGCAAAGAGACUAAAUGCUUUCAAUCUAGCUUUUGAGGAAAGGUACAAGAAGCAAUCUAAUUGGGUAAUCUCCGAUGAGAUCUUGAGGGAAAAUGUAUGCAAGCAUUUGGCCGAAGGUAUUAUACCAAUCUAUAGGGCCUACGUCAAGAACUAUUGUUUGUCAACUGAAAAUGAUGCUAAGGUUAACAAACUUAUGAAAUAUUCAGCGCAGAGUUUAGAGAACAAGAUUAGAUCUCUGUUUCAGACCAAGCAGAAGAAGGGUAGUAGCAUUAAACAGGCAGACUUGAUUAGUAAAAUAAAAGAUCUCAGUCAUCAAUUUCGCUUAACUCUAGCUCUUCUAUGA